AUGCCUGUACCAAAUGGUGAUGCUCUGAGAGAAAACAACUCUGAGCAAAGUCACGAAACGGAAAAUGAAGUUGGUGAAGGACAACGAAGUCCUCAUGGUAAAGAAGACAUGCAAUCUGAAAGUGGACAUCGCAGUGUUCAAUUCUCUCCAGAUGCUACACAGCAAGGAUUUCUCGACAGAAAUGAACAUGGCCAAGAAAUCAAUUAUGCUGACGGCGUGGCAGUUGAGCAAAAAUUUUUGGUGUUUCCCUGUCUCAACAUGAUCAAAGAUAUCGCAGAUUCCCAACUCUCCCUACUUCGUCCAGGAAGCUCUGAGAUGUCUAUAAUCUACAACAGCGAAGGCUUUCCAGUAAGAAUAAUUAAAAAUAAUCAGGUACUGCACACAACGGCAAGCGAUAUCCGCUCUAUUCAUGGCAUGAGUAGUCCGGUCAGUGAGCAUCUACGGAAUGGAUUCCCCCUAGAACGUAGCCCACAACCGACUACUAGGCCUCCUUCAGUGAAACAGCGUGCAAGAAGUCUACCCAGGAGAAUAGUUGAGAAGGAUCCCUUCGAAGGAUUGGAAGGUGGAUGGUGGAGCAAAGGCGAAGUGCAACGUAAUAAAGAACGAGAAGUGGACAUUGACGAUAUUCCAGCUGCUGGCUAUAGUGGACAUAUGCCAGGAGCUAACCUUCUUGUAUACUUUUUCAUAUUUGAGGUUUACGACAAAUUGGUGUUGGAAAAUGCUUUAACACUGCUGCAAGAGAAGCAAAACGAGAUUAUGCUAUCCGACGAAGAGCGCUCAGUGGCGAGAGACUGA